AUGAUCGGUGAAGAAUUGGAUGCAUCUCGCCGUACAAGCAUCCUUGCUAAAGCGCACUUUGCAGUCUCUGGUGGGGAAGAGGAAGAGCCAGACGAGGAGAGGGUAGUCCUACCCCCGGUCCCAAGAAUCGAUCUCAACUCAAUUCAGGAAUGGCGAAAAGCAUGCCACGAUACUCAUGGCGACUGCUGCAACGACCGUUAUUCAGAAGCCUUGGCACUUCGCCUUGACCACCUUAUUUUAGUCGAUGUAGUGAACCGUUCGCUUGUAAAACUGCCGAAUACGACGCCUAUAUCAUUCAUUGCUCUGUCAUAUGUCUGGGGCGAGGUGGACACCUGCAAGACCCUAACCUCGAACUUCGAGCAACUACAGCAGCCAGGAGCGAUAUGCAGUACCAACACCGAAAUCACCAUUCCAAAUACGAUCCGAGAUGCAAUGUAUCUAGUAGCUGCACUAGGGGAGCGAUACCUCUGGGUAGACUGUUUAUGCGUCAUACAGGAUGCGCCCUCUCACGAGAUGGAUCGAACCUUACGAGCCAUGGCGCAUAUAUAUGCAAGCGCUGAAUUCACUAUCGUUGCUACUGGCUCUGACGCAAACUACGGUCUAAGAGGAAUUGGCGGUCCGUCUCAAGAUAGACCACUGUAUACGACAUCAACAGAUCUGAGAUUCUAUGGCGGCUAUCCUUUAGAGUCCAGAUGGGUGACCAGGGGCUGGACGUUUCAGGAGUCGCUCUUCUCGCGUCGCCUGCUGUGCUUCGAUCGCCGAGUGUCGUGGUUGUGUGGCCGUUACGACUGGCGUGAAGGCGUCAUUAAAGCGUACUCUUUCCCUGGAAACUCUUGCUUUGAUGUCGAACGCCCCCAUCUCGGCGCUCCGAUGGGGAUGAUGUCUUUGUUACCCAGCAUACCGUCUCUCGGACGCUGGGGCAUGAUUGUGGAGAACUUCACCUCCCGGGAAUUCAGGUACGACCGUGAUGCUCUCAAUGCCUUUGCGGGUGCAACAGAAGUCAUGGGCCCGACUUUUCCUGAGGGUCUUCUUCAUGGUAUGCCGUGCUUUUUCUUCGACAUUGUGUUGCUAUGGCAGCCCAAAGGAUCUAUUGUCAGGCGGCAUGGAGAGCCUAGUUGGUCAUGGACAGGAUGGAAAGGUGCUGUAGAAUGUUUGCAUCCAUGGUAUCCGUUCUAUGCAGGUCUCUUCCGCGCGACGGGCAAAUCGUCGGAUUGGUUAGCGGUCGCCCCUUUGAUGCAACUGGCGAAGUUCAAUACUGUCUCCAUAGAUGGCACAGUGCCAAAAGGCAGCACCGAUUUCAACGGAUUUUACCAAUACCAAGCAUUACGGGAAAUAGGUAAUGAGCAGGAUCUUCCGAAAGGUUGGGAACGUGGUUUUCACCGGGAUGGCAUCUACUUCACGAGCGAAUCAUCGACUUCACAGAUACCAUACGCAUUUCCCCUUCCAACCGUGGACCCAACACGCCACCAAGAUCAUCUUCAACAGUCACGUGUUCUGUCCUGUACCGCACCUCGCGUAAAGCUCCUGUUUGGAGAAGAAUCAAAGGAUGAAAACGACAUGCACUUGCUCGCCAGUCUGCGUGUUCAUGACACCAACGUCGGUUAUCUUACCCUUCAUUCGCCCGAACAGAAAGCCACGUGCAUGACCGGCACCUCCUGUGAGCUGAUCAUCCUCUCGUCAUUUGUUAUAUCGGACCCCAAACAGGUGACAAAGUUCGCUUGGCCACUCUGCUCGCAUCACAACCCCUGUCUGGGUUUUAAGAACAAGUUAUUUCAAGACGUGUACGAAAAUGCUGAUGCUGGCCUGAAUGUCAUGUGGAUCGAGUGGGUAAGAGAUGUUGCUGAAAGAAGAGCGAUUGGAGUGGUCCGCGCAGAUGCGCUGGAGGCGCUGGAGCCCGAAUCUAUCAUGUUUAAACUAGGCUGA